AUGGCGGAAGUGGCUAACGUUACAUUUGCAGCGGAAAAUGGCUCGCAAAUUCACGGUGUUGUUCAAAAUGGUAGCAGUACUGGCGAGGUUAAAAGCGACUCCUGUGUUCUAUCUUCCGUGAUGGAGAAAAUGGACAAUCGGAUCGAAAAUCAAGAAAACCUGGUUGAGGGUUCUGUCAGCUGUGCGAGUCAAGAAGGCGAACUUUUCAAUGAAAGAGAGCCCGUUCAAAACGGUGAAGUGGAGGAAACGGGCGAAUGUCACGUUCAAGGCACAGAAACUGCAAAUGUGCAUCAACACUUACCUGGAAAUUGUAUAGAGAUGAAAAGUAGCGAAUUGGGAAAAGAAACAAUAUCGAGCUGUCAUUCGUCCAACGGUGAAAAGGAAACUGCCCAGAUCAGCAACACACGUGAAGAUAAGCAAUUGUGUGGCACAAAUGUAAACUUUAUACUUGAUACCGGCAAAUGCCCAGCAGAUCUACAGUUGCGUAACAACUACACUGCAUCAGUUGGAGCAAAAAAUUUAUUUCCAAGUGCCUUACAAGGAACACUCCAGGGAUCCUGUUCUUCGUCCGAAAUGUGCACAACAUCAACUGUUAACAGUAUCAAAGGUCUGCCUAAUUAUUCACCAGCAGAAAACAAAUCGGAGAUCAAACAGUCAGGUUUAAAUGUGCCAGAGGAAAUGGAGUCAACAAGUGUAAUGUCUGAAACAAAUGACAAGAGUGCAGCACAAGCCAAUCCUAUAACCAGUGAUCCACAGUCUAGCUCGUCUGUAGCCCCUCCUAAAAUUCCAAUUAUAUUGUAUCCCUACCCUGUGUUAGGUUCAUCAUCAGAAAAUUCUCAGAGUUUGGUGCACACCCCUGCCACCUCAUCAUUGCCGAUGACGGGACUCAGUUCUUCAUUUGUUUCUGCUGCAAUUAAUUUGGCAAUGAAGAAUGUUAUUCCAUGGGCUAUGCCAAUCACAGUGUCGACAAGUGAAGAUCCAAAGCUCAGUGUGGUUUCAAGUGAAUUGUUGACCACAUCAACUCCUAUGCAUAUGGACUAUGCCAAGAUUCCAGUGGCUGGGAAUGGUCAGUUUCCUGAAACUCCAAUGCCUGCACCAAAUGUCGUGGCAACUAGUGGUAGUGCUGCUAUCACACAAAAUUUGACAAAUCCAUGUGCUGAAGCUACUGCAUCUGCAGUUGUUAGGCAUGUUCCUGAAAGUAGUACAUCAUCAACCUCAUCAGCCAUCAGUCAAGUCCCAGAAAUUUCCACCGCUUUUCCAAACUUCAAACCAUGCGAAAAAUGUAACUCUAUCCUUGUGUGCUCAUGUCCAGGAACAUCGGGUGUUAGCAUCCAGAAUUCUGGCGAUGCUGCUUUAAACACUUGCAGUGGAUCAUGUCAGGGAGAGUGCACGUGUAAUGGAAUGGGUGAGGACAAAAAAAAAGGCAUGAAUCCUUCUGUACCUGAUGUUAAGCCACAAAUAUUUCCAGUUGUGGUGAGCACAAUCCUGAGAACUGUUUUAAAAUGUUAAAUAAUUGACACUUAAUGACCGGUCCUGAGACCCUUUAAGCCCCAAUUACACCCGUUACAGAUUAAAAUUAAAUUCAGGGUAAUUUUUUUUUACCCAAGAUUGAUUCUCGAUUUCCUUUGGGCCUAGAGAAUACUUUGUAUGUGAAUAUGUUACAGUUCAAAAUUUUAUUGAGGUUUAACCAAGGUUGAUUCUCAAUAAUUAUUUCCUUUGCCUCUAAUUCAAGAAUAAUAAUUAUUAUUAUUCUUGGAUUAGGGCUACAUAGGAAGCAAAGGAAAUAAUUAUUGAGAAUCAACCUUGGUUAAACCUCACUAUAAUUUUGAACUGUAACAUAUUCACAUACAAAGUAUUCUCUAGGCCCUGGUUGUUCAACCGUUGGAUAAAUCGCUAUCCACUGGAUAAUGCAAUAAUUUUUUCCGGUAAUACUUAUCUGCUGGAUAGUGAUUUAUCCCAUUGGAUAGCGCUAUCCAGCUUUUGAACAACUGGGACCAGACCGAUCUCAAUACAUGUCCUUUACGAACCAGACGCCGUGAAGCAAGACUUCUUGUUAUCAUACCAUGAGACUUGAUUAUGCUGUUAACAGAUUAUUAAUUUUUAAAUUUGCAGGUUGCAUUCUCGAAGUGCCAAAGGCAUAAUGAAAGGGAUUUUUCAUGUCUUUACCCCUUACAUAUCUUCCCUCUUUUUGACAUUCCUUUACUGCAAUAUCCUCAGUUCGAAAUCUUUAUUCUGUAGGUCAAAAUGAUUCCCACAUUACAAUGUUUAUAACUUUGGUCAUUUUUAUUGCCUUUGUCUUUAUUCAAAAAUCUUUUUUUCCCCCUAAUAUUUAGCCUUUGAAUGAGCUGGACCAACUCUUUGACUCUUUGGUUGAAUAUAACAAGAUAACAAAAGCUGAGCAACCUGAGGUAUGUGUAUGUUACAAGUCAAAAUUAAAUUCAGAUUAAAAUUUUUUAACCUUGGUUGAUUAUCAAUUUGCUUUGGAUCCCAGCCCUUAGUAUUCAUGAAUCAGGGCCAGGAGUCAAAGGAAGUUGAUAAUCAACCGUGGUUAAAAAAAUUUUAACCUGAAUUUAAUUUUGACCCUUAACAUGUAUAUGUUGUCGUUAUUUUUUUAUCUCAGGUAAUUUUUAUUUUUCAUUUGUUUCAACUCCUUUAGCAUACAUUACCAUACCCCCCCAAAAAAAGAAAAACAAAAAUUGCCUGAGAUAAAGAAUCAGCUACAACAUAUAUAAAUAGUAUAAUAUUAUUAUAUGUUACAGGUCAAAAUUAAAUUCAGGUUAAAUUUUUUCAACCUAGGUUGAUUCCUAACUUUUACCUUCAGGCAACGAGAAAAUCAGCUUCUCUCAGUCUCAUUUCAAGUCUCUCCCGGUUUUGCCGGAUAAAACUGGUUUGCAUCCUUUACAUCACUCUCUCGCCACACGUCACACCACCAAUAAACAGUCAUGUUUUUUCGCUCCGAUACUCCCCCCUGUUUGAUUCACCGUGUGAAGCAGAUAAAAUUACAAAACUCAAGAGUCUCAAAAGUGUCACAAGUAACAGUUCUGAUCAUGAUAUCAGCAAUAAAUCAGCUUGAACUGUUCAUUUGUCUCCUUCUUCUAUGACUUCCCUGAUGCACUUGGCUGCAGCUAUGGCUGCUUGUUUUGGGGGCGAACACUCUCACCUUUGGAUUCAACUGGGCAGGUUGACUUUGUUGAGUAUCCCACUUUCCCUCUCUAAGCCUAACCACUUGGACAACUUUGUCUUGACCUUUGAUGAGCUCCACUGAGUCUAUGGCUUCUUCGGGUAGAAGGUUGGACUGGACAUGCAUCAUGGCAUUAGGAGUAAGCACUGGGAGUUCAUCUUCAACAUACAAUAAAGGCUGGUUGAUUACAGCAACUUCAUUGUCGGGAACAACUUCUCCAAGUUCAUCAAAUUUCAAGCUAGCUCGCCCAACAGCCUUGUAGAAUGCUUGUUUUACAACUCCAACUAUGCGUUCAUAUUGUCCUCCCCACCGUGGGGCCCUACUAAGAUUAAACUGCCAGAGAAUAUUAUGAUGAGCCAGAUAAUCCUGAGUCUUCUCAUCCUUCUCAUCCUUCAUGAUCUUCUUGAGCCACUUUGAUGCAGGCACAAAUCUUCAGUCAUUGUCAGACUAAAACUUCAUGGGUCUUCCACGUCUAGCAAUGAAUAUUGCUUCAAAUACUUUAUGAAACCAUGAGUGAUCUGAUCAGUAUGUACUUCCAUGUGAACUGCUGUCAUUAAACUGCAAGCAAAAUGCAAUAGGUAGCCCUUUCGUUCUUUCUUCUUCGAAACUCUGUAGCCUAUGGGACCUGCAUAAUCGACCCCAACAACUUGGAAAGGGUAAGAGCCUUCUGUUUGGUCCACUAGUAAAUUACCAGGUGGAGGCUUUUGGAAUGCUGCCGCAUGAAACUUCUUGCACCUAUGACAAUGGUUGAUGAUGUUCUUUGCCAGUUGACAGAGGCAAGGUAUCCAGUAAUUUUGUCUGAUUCGUGCCAUAGUCAACUUGACUGCCCCAUGUAAGGUUGUGAUGUGGGCUUCUUGCACCAUUUUCUCAGACAAGAUUACUCUGCGAGGCAGAUAUAUCGGGUAACUACUCUGAAUUGCACACAUAGAUUUGCUCUUCACUCUUCUGAAGGUUUAGUUUUUCUUGGUCUUCGGAAAAUUUCUCUGUCACACUGUAUCUUCCCUGCUCAUGCUUGAUCAACCUCUUGACUUGUUUUCCUGUUUCUAUUGAUGUCAGAGGUCCACUAUUAAACUUGUUUCACUUUAUCACUGCAACAGUUCUCAGUGAAUUGUGUGACCCAUGUGCUGACCCUAUUGUCCUCCAGAAUGUAUGCUUCUCCAACAGUUCAAACUCAUUCUUAAUCUCUAAUGCAGCAGCGAGCACGGAAUUGUUUGUUUUUGCUUCUGAUUCUGUUUCUUUGCUGGAACAAGUUACCAGGUCUACUGGCCAGUUGGCAGGAUUCAACAACCACUCUGGUCCUGACAGCCAAACACUGGAAAGUUGAUGAGCCUUAGAACCUCAGCUCCCUAAGUCUGCCGUGUUUCUGUCUGAGUCAACAUGUUUCCUUUCCAUGAACUCCUUAGCUGUAAUCUUUGGGACUCUGUUAGCCACCAAUUGCUUGUAAGUGCCACCACCCUUUAUCCAGUGCAAGGCAACCAUACUGUCCAGCCAUCCAUACACUGAGCAAACUGGGUUCCCCCUGCAGGGAAGUUUUCACGUUGUCCACUAAAUUAGCUGCCAUAUGACCUGCUACUAGUUCCUGCCUCAGAAAUGUAAGAUCCUUUUUGGCUAGUCUUGACUUUGCUGCUAUUAACCCCUGGCUCACUCUAGAAACUUGAGUUAUGACUGCAUACACAGCUGCUGACAUGCCAGAUUCGCUUGGGUCACCAAAUACAUGCAAGUCUACUUGAUCGAUUAGCCCUUUGAACAUUGGCAGACCUCGCAGCCCUUCAACUUUGCUGGGAAGGUCUCUCACAAACUAAAACCACAGUUGGUCAAUUCUGUCUGACACCUUGUCCCAUGGGGAAUGAUUGUCUCAUACUUGAUGAUACAGAAGCUUUCCAACAAGCAUUGAAGGAGACACAGAUGUGAGAGAGACAUACACUGAGGCUAAGAACCUCAGUAUUGUUCUCUUUGUGAUAUCAGCAGUAGUGUCUGCCUCUUUGUUCCACAGGAGUCCUAAUAACUUGGGUUCUUCUUCCUGAACUCGUAACUGUUGUUUUGCUAAGGUUUGCUGCUCAUCACCAAGAGCAAUGUUCUGAGUCUCUAACUGAGGCUCAUUAGAGUUCCAGUUGUGAAGCCCGAGGGUUGCUUCACCAAACACUGAGGUGACAAUGUCCUUCAGGUUCUGAACUUCAUUUGUGUUGGUUCCACCUGCGAUGAUGUUGUUGACGUAAAGACUUCUCAGAAUCUCGUCUAUCUCCUCCCGAUACUUCUCUCUCAAGUUUUCUUAAUGCAACUUUAGUGUUCCUGCUGUAUGAAAGGCGACUGUACAAGCCCAAACAAUACUCAAGUAAAUCUUAAAACUUUAAUGGUAGAGGGGUCCUUGUUCUUAAUCCAGUGGAACCUCAGUACAUCUUCAGGUCUCACUUGUAUUUGCAGGAAGGCUUUCUGGAUGUCUGCUGCUAAAUCGAUCGGCUUCAGACAGUUCCAGUUUUUAAACACUCAUUCCAUGAUGGGCCACCCUCACUAGGCUUAGCUGAACUGUCGAAAACUAUUCUCAGCUUUGUGGUUGCCACUGACUCUCAUACCACAGGGUUGUGUGGGAUGCAGAAAUUUUGUUCCUUUGGUUCUUCCACUACCCAUUCAACUACCUCUUGGGCAAGCUGUUAUUGAAUCACCUGAUCAUACUUGUCAGUCAUGCUGGGCUGUCCCUCUAAUUUUCUCACCAGACCUUCCAAUCUCCCUAUGCUUCCACGUCCGUUGGUUGGUAGAGGGAGAUGAUCUGGUUUCUACACCAAACUGGCUUCGUACCAACUUUUCUCACUUUGGUGUAGCUGUUCGAUGAACUGCCAUACACAUUUCCUUGGUCUGUUCCUGACUUAUCGUCCAGUCCUAGGACAUCUAAACUGCAAAGUUGCUCAUAAUCUACUGCUGAUGUUCAGGUGAAAUGUUAUUUGUCCAUCAUUGUUGAUGAUGACCAAGAACAUCACAUGGGGGAGGGAUAAGGUGCGGUUUUUCUGGCUGUGGCUGAUCAAUCCAGUACGGGCAUGAAAGGCUCUGCUACAUUCUGGACACUGGUGAGUUUCUUGAGCAGGUGUCAAGGAGAUCGCUUUGGAUUUGCACAUCUCAUGCUUCCUCUGGGCCCCCCCUAUCCUGUUCUGCUCGAAGAGGACAGUGCCUUUGUUGACUUUGCUACGCCAGGCAAGUCAGUCUUGAGCCAGGGUCUUCCAGGUUUCUACAUGAUGAUGAUGUCUUGAAUCACAGGUGAAUUGCUUUAAAGUGAGGGAGAGUUGCACAGUGUUAUCAGCCUCUCUGUCUUGUCCCUAGUUAUCUGGCGGCAGGGCAGUCGAGACGGCUGGAGAUAAGGUAGGAUGUAGUGGAUAGCAACCAGAUUGAGUCUGUCAAGCUGUGCCCUUAGUGCUCCACAACACCUGAUGCAUGCUGGCCGUUGGCUCACAAGAAGCUCAUCUGCCCUUCGGCAGGUUUUGGUUUUCGUCCUGCUUGGUGACAUACCACCCUCCUCACCAGCAUAGAGCUGGUGGGGGAGCCAGUGCACAUGCUGACCAUCCAUGAGGCAGGUAGUACUGGGUUACAAUGUUACCAGUAGCAGAGUCUGAACCCCAACCUGAUUGAAAAAAAAAUUGGAGACAAAAAAAGACAUUGGAGCAAGGGACUUCCUUCCCUGGGGACAUCAUUGUCCAUCCCAAAUGUGUAAGUUCUGUGAUGGUUCAGAUGGCUGCCCUACUUGAGGUUUCGUGGCAGUUUUUAUUCCUGAGUACUCACUUGAUCCAAGUAUCACAUGAAUGAGUAACUCGCUGUUCUUGUCGUUAUCAUCUGUUACUAAUUGUUGCAGGUGAUGAUACCUAUUGAUCAACUGUUCAUACUUUGGGUUUGGAAUGGUGAGCAAUACACCCUUGUCCACUUUAUUGAUCUGUGUCGUCAUCUUCAAAUUUCCCAUCAAUGCUUGAGAUUUUAACCUUGUAGCUUUGCAACCUUUGCAUUGUUGAGACGACCAUCCUCUUAAUCCGCCCGCAUUCAACAUGUGUAGGUUGCUUGUUUAGCUUAUCAACCAAGGCUGCUGAUGCGGCCCCAGUAUCUAGUAAUGCUCUUCAUUAUUUUGAUACCAUCAACAACUACCACCACAGCUGGAUAAACCACAGUCCCUUUACUGGUCACCAGCAACAUAUGAUUGUUACCAGGUUGCCUAUCACAAAUAGAGGUAUGGUGUUUACCUGCACAAUGUUGGCAGGUAUGCUUGCUAAGUCAUUCGUGUGCUCGAUGUCUUUGACCAGUACAAUUAAAAGACACCUUUUAGUCACUCAAGAUCUUUUUCUGUAGUUUCAAGUCAGUGUGAUCUUUGCCAUUGCAAUACAUGUAGCUCUGGCCCCCUCUUGCACUCCCAUCCUUGGUGUAAAGAGCAAGAUUCUUCCUAGGUGACUGACAAUUAAGGGGGUAUCACACCACUUCCUGAGAGAUUCAAGUAAUGCUGGAAAUCCCUACUAUUAUCAAUUAUCAUCCAACCAAACUAAAUCUGCUCUCAUGCCUGGUAGUUUAUUAAGUAUUGCACGCACAAACCCUCCAAUUUCCUUGACCUUGCCAAUAGUCUCUAGAACUUGAAUGUGACUUACUAAUUUCCCGUAGAAACUUCGCUCCAAGACCAGCUGAUUUCUUACAAUCCCCUAAUGCUCGCUUAACUGAAUUUUCAAACUUCACAAACUUCGAUUUGCUCAUCCAACAUUCUUUUACGCUUUUCUUCGAAUCAAAUUUUUCUUUUCCUGUCUUGUAAUUCCUUGACUUCACCCAUUGUUUACCAUGUGUUGAUGCUUGGUUUGAUUUCUCUUCGGAUUUAUUCCCAUGUCGGUUGGUUCUCACAGUCAGAACUCGUCUUCCUCAGAACACAAGUCCUGGCAGAGUCACCAACUUUGUACUGGAGGUUUUACAACAAAGGUCACUCACACGAAAUAAAAUGGUUUAAUACAACUCAUGCACUUGUCUCGCUACAUGGUUCUGUUCACACAACUCGCCCCUCUCAGCUUCUCUCAGUGUCAUUUCAAGUCUCUCCAGCUUUUAUCGGAUAAAACCGGUUUGUGUGGCUUAUAUCACUCUCUCGCUACAUAUCACACCACAUGCUUAACAGUCAUGCUUUUUCACUCCGACACUCUAUCCCUGUUUGAUUCACUGUGUGAAGAAAAUAAAAUUACAAAACUCAAUACUCAAUAAGAGUCUCAAAAGUGUGACUAGUAACAGUUCUGGUCAUGAUAUCAGCAAUAAAUCAGCUUCAACUAUUCAUUUGUCUUCUUCCUCUAUGACUUGUCUGGUGCGCUUGGCUGCAGCUAUGGCUCCUUUUCUCGGAGGGAACACUCUUGCUCACGGAUUCAACAGUCAGGUUUUUUCACACCAACAAAAUAUUUAAUUUUAAUUUUUUUUGCCUAUGUUUUAUUUGCUAGGCCAUCACUACCCGACUGUUUCCUUACCAGUUACACGCCGUACACUGGAUGAUGCUGAGAGAAAACAAUGGCGAUCUAGCACCAUUUUGGUCCCAGGUCAACAAGAGUACCUGGUUCAACAAAGGAACAAAGAUGUCCACUGAUAGAAAGCCACAUUCUCCUAAAGGAGGUAUCCUUGCUGACGACAUGGGGCUUGGAAAGACGCUUACUGUCAUCACAUUGAUAAUGGCUAAUCACCUUAAUGGACAGCCAAUGUUCUCCAGGAAGUCGUCAGCUCACAAGGUGUGCAACUUUUAGGUUCCAUCAUUCAUUUUGAUGAAAAAAACUUUCUUUUGACAGUUGUAUUUACUUGAAAGUUCUACUCUUGAAUACGUGUAAGCAGCACUUCCAAACACGUGCCACUCAAACCGGGGAACUUUCAAUAGGACUGGCGUAAAAAUUAACAAUAAUACCAGUAAUGUACAAAUGUGGUACUCAUUCAAACAGCAUAAAAGUAAAUAACUAGCGCUGUCAGUAAGAGCUGUGGGCCUGGGAUUUCCCCUGGCUACUUCAUGACCCCUGGCUACUUCUAAAGAAAGAGAGAAGAAAAAAAGAACAGAAAGAAAUCCUUAGCUGUGUGAUUCCCUGCUUACUUGUUGUAUUUACCUGGCAACAUGAAAUCUUAGAAACAGCCCUGAAAAAUUAAAACAGUAAAACCAACCUAGAUACAAUAUAAUUAAUUCAUAUUAUUUUUUCAUAUUAUUUUUUUCCCAAAAUUGCGGGAGCUUACCAUUAAUGUUUAAGUGGCAGUUACAUUUUACUCUGAGUUUUGUUAUUUCUGUGGAUUAUUUGGUAUAAACAUUUGAAUGAACAAAGCUGAUUUGCUUUAGUACCUUUUUAAUGAGAGACACCCUUGAAAAGGUGUUACCUUGAAAUCUUCAGAAAAGUUUAUAAUCACUGCAGUUCCUUUUCUGAGUAAAUAUGGCAACAAGGGAGGAGAUUUCUGCCUUUCUUCUGCAAUCUUUCUUAAGGUGAAGUGGGAGGCAUGGACUUUUAAAGUGGGUUGCUGGAGAUGAGCAAGAAGCCCAAGUUAGCGACGAUGGGAAGGAGUGCAGAGCACCCUUCAUCUUCGGUUUCCUUUACAAUUAACUCGAAUAUCCGCCCACAAAAACGAUUUCAAGCAACUGUGGACGGACACAGAAAGCAUGGUAGAAUGGUGACCUCCCACCCAUGUUGCUCUGGUCGAAGUUGGGUCAAACUUAAAUGAAACCAUCUUUUGAGGAACCACACCCUGGUGUCCUUGCCUUUAGUCUAACAGUAACAUGACUUGAUAGUUAAUAUAUUGUUGUUACUAGGCACUUGCUGUGUAUUUUUGUCCUCAUUAAUUAUAGUCUGUGUAGGGUUUCUUUCUAAGGGCUUCGUUCAUAUUUUUUUUCAAGAGGGCAGCAUCUACAUCAGGCGAAGGGAUGGACUGUAAACCUGAGAAGAUGCUGCGGAAAGACAGCAACGGUGGAGAUGGAGAUGGAGAUUUCAUGAUGGAAGACAAGGAGUCUGUCAAACAAAUAACCAUAAAAAAGAAAAAGGACACAGCAGAUAAAAAGAAGAGGUAGUCACAUAACUUAUGCAGACCAGUUUAACCAUUGUAGAUCUUCUAAAAAAUCUGAGGAAAUUGUACUGCUUCAUCUCUGCUUUGAAUUUUUGAUAUUCCUGUUCCUGGAUCUCUCUGUCAAUUUUUGUGUUUGUGUUUGUGAAUCUGUGUUUUUUAUAGUUUGUUGAUUGUUCACUUCAAAUUUAGGAUUUCAUCCACAGUCUUUCUGUUAGGAAAUAUACAUGUAGCUGACUUAAUUUAGAGAAGAACAUUGAUUGGAAUAUCAGUCAUAUAUAUUGUGUUUUAAAUUUGCUACAGCCAGUUGACUUAACCGCACUGUUACAUAAUUUACAGCUUGCCAGACAGCAAGACUUUGAAGCAGCCUGGCUUUAAGUUCAGACAGAUGUACUUAAGCAAGUUUUCCAGGUAUGUUGCUGGUUUAGUUGUCUGUUAAUAAUUUCAUCCAAGUCCAUGCUUGUUGCCUUGAUGUAACUGCUAAGUACUGUAUGUUUUCUGCCGUAUGCAGAGAAAGUCAUGCCCCAUAGCCCAGGGGUGCUGGAUUAUGCUAUAAGGCUCUACACUUUUAAGACGACGUGUUCAAAUGUUGUCCUUUUCCUGAGCACUUUAUGUUUGUUAUUCUCUGUAGUAAAUCAAUGAAGAAGGAAAAGUGCAAAGACAAGAAAGAUGUUCACUCACCCCAGACUCAGCACACACCCAUUAACAUUGAUGAGGAUGAUGUGUUGGUGGGACCAUGGCUUUCAGCUGGUGGGAACAAAAAAGAUGCUAAAGUAAACAGCAGACCUCAGUCAGAUGAUGACCACGCUGCUACCUUAAUUGUGUGUCCACUGUCUGUCCUCAGUAACUGGACAGUAAGUAUGAAUCUUGCAGCCUGACUUUUAAUAUCAACACCACAAAUUACUCGUAUUACAGCACAAGAAGAACUAACAAACGGCUGACAAGAAACUACAUACAAGAACAACCAGAACUACAGCACUACUUUAAAUCCUAAAACAACCCAAAAUACACAUGAAGGGUAGGUGGGCGGGGCAGAUUAAGGUACUGGCAGAUGGCAACAAAAACAGCUGAACUCUCAAACACCAUGUGACCUGACGAGGAGGAAUUCAUUUUGCCUUUUUUCUUAUGCCAAAAGUUAAGUAACUUGAGAAAGACAUUUCUUUAAAGAUCCCACAAGAGCUUCGCUUUUGACCUUGGCUAAAUUUACAUGAAUCGAUAGUUUUACUUAAUUGACUGACCAGUUGUUUCUUUGUUUUUUUAGGAUCAGAUUUGUAGUCAUGUUCAUCCUGAUGUUAGUCUACAAGUUUACAUGUAUUAUGGACCAGAGCGACUCAGAGAUGUGAAGUUCCUUAGACAGCAAGACAUUGUGCUGACCACCUAUCCCACAUUGACUAACGACUACAGCAGAGUGAGUAUGCCAUUUGUGAUGCCUUGAUUUGAGUCUUUUGUUUUUUAAUUUCACAUGAGAUUCUCAAACAGGCUACAGGGUUCGCACACACUUUGAAAGUCCUUGAAUUUUAAAAUAGAAAUUCAAGGCCUGGAAAGUCCUUGAAUUUUGGUGCUAACUUUAUCCAACCCAACGAACACAGAAAGACCUUUCAGAUAAAAUUGCUCAUGUUGGGGAAGAACUAAAAAAAACAUAGACUCAAGGUUCUUUUUUGCACUGAAUGGAGUCCUUGAAAAAUUGGAAAUGUGUCCCUGAAUGUCCUUGAAAAACACUUGGUUUUUUUGGUCAAAAACGGGUACGAACCCUGAGGCUAGUCAUCCACAUAGUCAAUGCAUAUAGUUUAGCAGCUGCUUGUACCCAGGCACCCAUAUACCUAAGGGAACAAGGGCAGGUUGCACUAUCUUUAAUGCAAAUGGAUCCUGGGGAUGGUUGACCAAAAAAUAAAGGCAUAUCCUCUUCUUCACUCUUCCCAAGGUGCCUUGCAUGCUUCAAAAGCUCAAUCCCAUAUCAUGCUAACCCUCAAUGCUGCAAAAUCUUCCAUGACGUGUUUGAAUACAAGCAAGGCUUGUUAACAUUUGAUGCAAAUUUUUCUUCCUUUUUGUUGGCCGAGAGCUCACCACGUGACCUGCAAAUAAAAUAACUGCCUACAAAAUUAAUAAUAUUCUGCUCAUUAAUGAAACGACACUUUCCUCCUUCUUGCGAUCACUGUUGCGUGAAAAUGACAGAUUGCUUCCGUGAUCGAGUGAUAAAACAAUUAUUGAAUUCGGUUAAAAGGGCCUCUAGCAUAUGCCUUGAAUGUCUAUCCCCUUUGAUCUGUCGUCCAGACUCUUAUUCUUUUUCAAACAUUGAAAGAAUAAAAUAAACUAGUGACAUGGCCUCUAACAAGUUGUUGUAAAAAUGUCCAGAUCGUAUUUUUUUCAGUUGGUAGAUACUUUUUUCUGCAAGCCUUGGGCAUCUAUUUAAGUGGAAGAAAUAUUUUUUUUCUUUUUUUCAUUUCACACUGCCUGUGUCUCGAAAUUCGCGGUAACUUUUCGGGCCCGGAAUCAAAUAUUCAAAUCAAUUCGUCAAAAGAGAAUAAAAGCGCGUUUUUUUUUUAACUGACGAUUGAUUAUGUUAUCUGCUAAACUAAUGAAACUUCCAUCUUUAAUGUAAAGCCAAUAACAGCUUUCUGGGCUAUUUAAUAAUCAGGACCUACACGAACAGGCGCCAAGGCACAUUCAGUCAUUCCACGUUACUUUCUUUGCAGAAUGAUUCCCCACUUCACAAGAUUAGAUGGUUGCGUGUCAUCCUAGAUGAGGGUCAUACCAUAAGAAACCCUCAGACUCGCUUGACUAAGGCUAUGGCAGAGCUAGAAGCCAAGCGUCGGUGGGUUCUCACAGGGACACCGAUACAGAACAGACUGGAUGACCUGUGGUCCGUGGUAAAGUUUUUGCGUCUGGAGCCAUUUGACGACAAAAGCUGGUGGAACUCUGCUUUGGCAACCAGUGUCAGAAGAGGUUGUCAGCUGGCUGUCAAGUAAGAUGACUUCUGUCUAACUCAUUCACCCUGAGAAAUUUUUGCCAAACAUUAAGGCUUUUGUACAUUAUGCUACGAUCUUAAACAAAAAGUGUAAAGAAUUUUGCACUUUCUUACCCACAAAAGGCCUAUCCUGCGGAUCGGGUACCACUAGGAUCCCUUCCCCACCCCACCCUUGUCAAUGUUGUUCAUUUGGGGGCGGUAAUAGUCCAGUAAGGCAGUAAUGGUCUUUGGGGCAAAGGGGCGAGUUUUUUUAAAAUCCUACUGCUUUAGAGAGCUUUAUCCUGAAACCAAAAAAUAAAAACAUAAAAACAUUUUUUCGUAACAUUUUUUGUCCAAGACUGUAGCCAAAUAAAACCAAAACUACUAAUUCGAGUGUUACGUUGGCGUUUGGUCCAGAUGCAAAAUUGCAUCUUUCGAAAUUCAGGCAUAUGCAAUAGUGAAAGUUUCGCUCUCUAUCCUCCACCUUUUGUGCAUUCUUCCCCAGUGUUUUUUGUGCUUUGGGGCAAAGGGGUAGCCACUCAAAACGCAGGAUUCGUUUCAUCUUGCCCAUCCGCGGAUUCAGCCUAUAAUAAGUGCAAUUAAUGAGCUGGGCAUGUAGACAUUUUUCUAUCCCUUUUCAAGGAUUUGCAUGUUUUUUUUUUUCUUACAAGUACUCUCGUAUAGUUUUUUUACUAGCCUUAUUUUGUGAUAUAUGGUGAAUUUCCACUCACGAAGCUGUUGGUGUCUUAGACUGUACUACCACGCCCUUGUAUUUGUAUUUGUUUUUCCCGUGUUUUCCGAGAUAAGCGUAAUUUGCUUUUGCUUAUGAACUUCGGUUCGUUUAACCGCAGCAUAAAAAGGUCAGCUGGUAGAGUACUUGACUGCUAUCUGAGCGGGAGGUCGUAGGCUCGAUAACCCGGAUCGGACCAAUACUCAGGGUCUUAAAAUAACUGAGAAACAAAGAUGCUUACUUUGCUCUGCAAACGGUUAGACCUUCGCAUUGCUCGGAUGACCACGUAAAAUGGCGGUCCCGUCUCCACUAGGAGUGCUAAAUACAUUGACACUCAAAUAAAGUGUUUUUUCUCUUUUGCUCAUAGUCGUUUGCAGAAACUCCUCAAACAUAUCUCCAUUAGACGGCUAAAGUCUGACGAGGAUGAGGGUAAACCGCUGGUCAAGCUACCACCUCGGACCGUGGUCAUCCAAGAAGUGGAGCUAUCAGACGAGGAACGGAAACUGUACGAUGCCAUGCAGAACCAUGGACAGUUGAUCAUUGCAAGGUUAGAAACAACUUGACAGUAUCCCGGGAAACUCGUAGCCGCUAAAUGGAUUCUAAUGCUAUGUUCACACUUUUGCGGAUAGCUUUUUUUGCGACACGAAAAUCUAUUCGGUAUAGCAUGAACACAUAUCCGAUAUGUGACUCUCCACUUUAGAGGUCGGCGUUGCGCAACUUCGCUCCGUUAAUCACUGUUCGUAUGUGUGAACAGAAUCCCUAUCCAGUUUGGUUUUCUUACCGGUUCAAAUGCUCUGCUAUAUAGUUUGAGCAUAGCCUUGGUUCUUUUCUCAAAAUAUUUACCAAAGGGGCGCCAGAGAGAUGCUCGCGCAGGUAGCCUGAGUAUCAGGCGUUUCUGGAGGAAAAGGGGAAAGAUGGAAGCGAAAAAGGGAGAGAGCUGAAGGAGAGAAACUUCUUCUCCCCCCUCCUCCCUCCCCCCUUCCCCCUCCCCCUUCUAAAAUCUCCUCUCCCCUAGCCCCUUAGGAAGGCCUGAUACUCAGGCUAUCACGCAGGGUGAUGUUAAGGGACAAGAAAGAGAGCCUUUUGUCUCUUUAUCCUUCCUGUCCUGUCAGUCUUCCGCGGUAAUAAUAAAACCGCGUAGCUAGUUACACCGGGAUAGCACAAUUUCCCACGAUGAAUUGCAUCUCAAAAUGUUGUUUCAGAUAUCUCCAGGAUGGUACGGUGCUGAAAAAGUACGCCCACUGUUUCGCCAUUUUAAUGCGGCUCAGGCAGCUUUGUUUACAUCCCAGCUUGUGCGCUAAAGACAGCGAGUCGCUUCAACAUGCACAAAAUCUGCUGCAAGGUAACUGUUUCUCCAUUUCAUGGCAGUAAAACAAACAAGUACAACAUUGAACAAAUAGCUUGGCAGGUUUUCCCGCUAUGGAGCAUUCUAUUAAGGAUCUUUAUUUUUACAACGGCAAAAAUUGUCCGGCUCUCGUUUUGAGUCAGAGCUGUAGGCGAAUCUUUGUUUACAUUUUUUUACUUCAAUAACAUUUGCUUAUCAUUAUCUGAAGAAGGUAAUGAAGUAAAGUCUCUGCAUAUUGAAAGAGCGUAACAAUUUCAGAUAUCUCUAAAAAUUUAAGUUCAAUAUACCAAAUGGUGUCGAAGAAAUUCUCUUUUAAAAACUCGAAAUUUUCGCAGUUUUCGAGGGCUGAAAUUUCCUUUGCUUGCAAAAAGCUGAAAAUUGUAUAAAAUGCCCAAGUUAAUCGACUCUUUUAACUUUUGAAUUUAGUUCGUAUAUGGCAACAGCUUUUAUGAGUUAAGUCGUAUGCCAGUGAGGAAAAAUGUCAACAAUGACGUCAGCAAAUAUUCGCCUGUAGACCACGAAUUGUACUGAAACUCAAUUGUUUAUUGUCCUUUCAGGUCUGGAUGACUCCGACGAUGACGACCUUGAUGCAGACCACGACACUCAGCGACUUAUCAACGAUCUCCUCGUGACCUUAUCCUCGGGAGUGGACGAAGAAUGUUCGGUGUGCCUCGACUCCUUAGUCGAACCAGUCAUUACGCGUUGUGCGCAUGUUUUCUGUCAGCAAUGCAUUAUGGAUGUUAUUACGUCAGAGACUUCUGCGCCCAAUUGUCCCCUUUGUCGUGCGCCCGUGAAUGAAAAUGAUCUGAUCAAAGUUCCGGAGAAGAAGAAAAAGAAGUCCACAGAAACAGAAAAACCCAGCGAGGAAUCUGGACAGUCCAAGACGAGCUCCAAGGUUUGACAUAAACAAAGAUCAAAUUUAUUGCCCAGUCUUUGAUAAUUCAACAAUACACAAGCAUUAAAGGUUUGCUAUUUCUGUAAGAAAAUUAUAAAUAUAUCUUGACCUGCGCGCUCUAGUAUUUGUGGCGUGGAUGAAGUGCAUUGUCGCUAUUACGAACCGCGUGAUGCAGAGAUUAUUCUUUAUUUGACCAACGAUAACGCGCUUUUCAUGAUUGGAAUUCUACUUUAUUAUGUUUUUUCUUUGGGGCAUGUGCCCCAAAAGCACCUUAAUUCGAACCAAUCAACAAGCGAGUUUAUGUAGCCCGCGGUAGGGUGUGUAGCAUUUUGGAUCAGAAGGCACUUCACUCUCCUAGUUCAAGCGUCCUCUAGACGACGUGAUACGACCAGCUUAGGAAUCAAAUGCCCUAAAUCAAAGAUCUCCAUGGAGUGGGUUACUGACUCGCCCUCUUUAACCAGCAAGUCGGGUUGACUUUUAGAGAGCUUCUAACAGUUUUUAUAUCCUUUUUUUUUCAGCUCGAAACUUUGAUGAAGGCGUUGUGUGCCAUACGAGACAAAGACCCCUCCCGAAAGAGUCUUGUGGUGUCGCAAUUCACCUCAUUCUUGGAUAUAGUAGAGGACGCGUUGAAGGAACAAGAUUUCUUGUUUGUCAGGCUGGAUGGACGAAUGACCCAGGAAGCCAGGGCUCGCGCCAUAGAAACAUUUUCGGAUCCGAGUUCCAGUUCUCCUACAGUGUUUCUGUUGUCGCUGACCGCUGGAGGAGUUGGAUUGAAUCUAACAGCUGCUACCCGUGUAUUUCUGUUAGAUCCGGUUGGUUUUUUUAAGGCUACAUUCACACCGCACCGGACGAAUUUUCAGGGAUCGGUUGAAAAUUUGUGUGUUUUCCAACCACCUUAAACAUGCGAGAAUUCAGACGCCCAGCCCGUUCAAGGUUGUAUGUGAACAGAGCGAAAAUAUUGAUCUUCCAGUAUGAACUAAGUUUGUGGGCAAAUUUUUCAGCCGGGCGAAAAUUCGUCCGGUGCCGUCUGAACAUAGGGUUACCGGUCAUUUCGCCCCGGUUACUUAGCCCCCUUUUGUAGAACGAAGAAUAUUCUGUUUGAAGCGUGCUUGUUUUGGUUUAUGGCUUAAAGAACGAGGAAUAUUACAUUUGAAGCGCGCUUGUUUUGCUUUCUGGUUUAUAGAACAUAGCCUAAGCCUGACAACUUGUAAAUUCAAAACUAAGAAGUACAUUCCUUCUGAAUACAGACCAAAAGCGCGAAAUUACUGCAAAGAAGGUUUUAGUAGUGGGUUAAAACCCACUAUAGGAUUGCACCUACGGUCUUCAGAAGUAGAAUUAACCUGUAUAGCACAACAAUACUACAGGAAAAUACUACUCUGUAGCCUUCAUUUAAAAUGCUAACACUCUAAGGUUUCAUCCGCGGACUCAAAAGUUAGAACCACCUUGUACAGUAUAAUAAACAGUACCUCAGGACCGGGUAGCUCAGUAGCGUUCGUUUGUAUGGUCACCCCUAAGGAUUUCAUACAUAGACUCAAAAGUUGACCUGCCUUGCACAACAUAGUAAACGUUACCACAAGAAAAUAUUUUUCAAUAGCUUUAAGCUGAUUAUCACACUAUAGGACCACGUUUUAUGCUUAAACAACCUUGUAUAGACACGGAGAAUUACUUCUCGCCAGCUUUUGUUUUAGGGGUCUCUUAGGAACUGCCUUGUGUAGUGCAACUGUAGCCUCGGAAAGUAGUCGCGUUUACCUUGCUGUAGUGCCUUACGAGGUCGUCAAUUGCCGUUGGCGGUAGGCUGUUUCUUCAACAGCGUAUGGCCAAAGUUUGUGACGCUGUUUAAUUUAUCUAUCGUAGGCCUGGAACCCAGCUGUCGAGGAACAAUGUUUCGAUCGCAGCCAUCGCCUUGGUCAAACACAAGAAGUUAUCAUUACUAAGGUUAGAAUACUGGACCGAUGUCAUGUUCUUAUGCUUAUAUACUACGGCAAGUAGAUAGGGAAAAUUAGUCAAAAUGGCAAUUGAACGCUUCUAUUCAAAGAAUUUUCGACAAUCGCUUUAAACUGGUCAUUUUCAGGGGACUUAAGCGAAUGGGUGGGUGUAUUGACGAAUUGUACUUUGGGACUCUUUAGGGGAAGUAUCAUUUGACGAGGUUUCCUGCGCAACUUUUUAACAGUCCAUAAAAGAUUUUACAAGAACUGAGCGAUUUCUCGCGCGCUGAUUGGUCGAGAGCUAUGUUCAAUAAGAGCACAGACCAUGGAAAUUUGUUUGGAUCAGUUUAGAUCUCUGGGGAAACUCCCCACCUACCCCUCCCCUAACCCAACAUUUUGCCCUAAAUGAGAAGUAAGUGUUAAUGAUGACUCAGAGGAGGGGUAGGUGGGCCGUUUCCAAGAAACCUCAUUUUCUCUUUCUUGUGCGUACGAUUUUCUCGGAAACUUCUACAGAAAUGGUCGUCGAAAACUGUAAAUGUUAUUGUAAAAAACAAAUGGACAACAACUUGCUAUGGUCUAUAUUCUUAUCGACCAUAGAAAUGACGUCAUAAUGUUCAAAACUUUGCUGUGAAAACACUCGCCUGCGGCUUGUGGUUCCGUCGAUCCAUGGUGGUUCCACUUGAUUUUGAACAUUUUGACGUCAUUUCUAUGGUCAAUAAGAGUAUGGACCAUGGAAAAUUAUUGCUGAUUUGUUUAAAGUCCACCACACGAAAUAGUCCCAUACUGCAAUUCGAAACUAUCAACAAUUUUCCAUGGUCAAUACCCUUAUCGAGCAUAGAAAUGACGUCGAAAUGUUCAGAACUCUAGUGCGGCUUGCUGUUUCACUGCAAAGUUUUGAACGUUUUGACUUCAUUUCUACUGUUGAUAAUAAACCUCUUUAGGUUGUAUGUUUAUGUGGCUCUCGUGUUGUUUAUCCCAUAAUAAACCGACUCGUACCCAGCCCCUCUCGAUUUAAAACUAGGCAAUGGUGUAGUAAUUGCUUUUUCAUUUGCAGUAUAUUGUGACCAAUUCCGUGGAAGAGCGCAUGCUUAGCUUGCAAGAAAAGAAACGUGAGCUAAUGGGCCAGGCGUUUGGCAUGGAGACGCAGAGCCAAGAAGACAGAAGGAGACAGAGAGUGAGAGAUAUCAAACAUCUUAUUGGCCUUUGACCAAGAAAUACGGGGGGGGGGGGGGGGGUUAGCGAGGCAAGGGUUGUAGUGCGGGUAAGGGAAUUUGUGAGGGGAAGAUUUGUUGGAGGAUUAGGAAAAUCAACAAAAUCAGAUUAAAACAAUUAAAUGGUUAGUGAACUGAAAGAAUCUUUUUGCGGGGGGGGUGGCGGGUGUUACCAUCUUGUGAUUGGUUAUUGACAGAGUGUUUUCACCCAACGUGAUUUCUUCGUGUUUUCGCUUGACAAUUUUUCCUUGGUUUGCUAAUAUUUUGUUGGACAAAGAAGAGAAACGUAAUGAUUCGCAAUGACAGCACGCGGGAAAUUAAAAAGCGACAACAGCUGAUUCUCGCAUCCAGUUUCUGAUACGUUGCAGUUUCUUUCCUCCUAGAAAAAAGAAACUUUCAUUGGCAGGUUGACGUAAACUUAUUAUAACGAUGAUGGGUGCUGUCAAGAGAGAAUGAGGCACCUUAUUCUCUAUUGUUUCUGUACAAUAGAAUUGAAGACAUUUGGAUGCGUAGCUGGCGAGAUUAGCGGGCGAGAGCAAUUAUUGUUUUGCGAGUGCAGUAUUGUUUUGGUGUCAGAACCGCGAGAAGAUUGGGUAUAAGCUAGCCAUAAAAUUAUUUGGUAGUUCUAUUUGUUUUAGGUAGUAUCUACACGCAAUUGUUCCAGUUCAAGAUGUUAUGAUAGAAGAGUUGUAUUAAUUGGAAUUAUUUUAAGAGCAAAAAUAUUUAUGAAGCAAAGAGUUUUAUAAAUGACUUAUAGAUAACAAAAAGUCCUUAUUUUCUAAAGUUGCACAAUAUUUAAUAUGAUACUAGACUUACAUUGUGAUCAAACAGUGAUAGCCUCACCAUUUUCAAUAUUUUUGUUUCAUUGGUGCAGUUGCGCCUUGGGUGGAAAAUACUUGUUUCCUUACGGUACGCGGUGCGCUCAUGUUUUUUCGCCUUCAGGUUCGGAACUCUUCUUUGCCCGAGAAAGGAGUAAAAGCUUAAGGUCGAGGAUGGCUCCUCGUUGAACUAUCAGUGUUUGGUUAAAAUUCUGUAAAGCAUAUGAGGCAUUUUUUAACAGUGAGUUCC